UAUUUAGGUUGAACUGCCCUUUAAGUAUCAAAAGAUGACCAUAUUUUCUCCCCAUUUCAAAAAACAUCCCAUGUCCCCCUAAAAUUCCACUCAAAUGUCAACAGCCAGGGGUUUAAAAAAUUGGGGCCUUAAAAUAAUGGAAGGAGAACGUGCAGUGAGGCGCUAGUGACGGAGGUCAUAGCUGGAAAGCACGCACAGUAUCUUCUACACUUAAACAGAAUCUGGUCCGGGAUGGCAGGUAGAAUUCCUAUGAUAUUUUAUUUCAGUAAACGACACCGUUCUGUAGCAUGAUGGAUUCUUUGGCUGUAAACGUGGCCAUUAAUUAUUGUUGAAGAGGGAUUUGCUUUGUGAUGAUAAGAUUAGGUAGGUAGAUAUGGAUGAAGGGGAGAAUUAUUAUUAUAAAAAUUAGGUGAAAUGAAGAGCAGAAAGAGUAACGGUGGUGAUUGUUCCACGUGACAUCACAUGGACAAUUCAAGGAAGAAAUGAUAAUUUAAUUUGGAUGAGAAAUAAAAUAAGCAUUUCUUUAAACUGGGUUUUGCGGAAAUGGCUUUAGCACUUUCAGCAACACCGCCAUCACCGCCUCAAAGUCUCUCCAUUACCAACAACAGCAAGAAUGACAACUCAAUUAACAAUUACAGUCUUCUUCUCUCAUCCUUAUCUGAGUGUAAGCACAUGUCUCAGCUUAAACAAAUCCAUGCUCAAAUUCUCCGUACCACAUUGCCUCAUCAUCACGACACUCUCUUUCUCUACAGUAGGAUUCUCAAUUUCGCAUCCUUUGCUGAUCUUGACUAUGCGUAUCGUGUUUUUUAUCAAAUUGAUACUCCCAAUUCUUUUAUGUGGAAUACCCUUAUAAGAGCUUGCGCACAAAACGUUGGUUCCAAAGUACAUGCUAUAAGCCUUUAUAAAGAAAUGUUAGAGGAAGGAAAUGUUAUGCCUGAUAAGCAUACAUUCCCAUUUGCAUUGAAAGCUUGUGCUUACUUAUUUGCUCUCUCUGAGGGGAAGCAAGCUCAUGCCCAGAUUUUGAAAUAUGGGUGUGGUUCUGAUGUUUAUAUAAAUAACAGUUUGAUUCAUUUUUAUGCUUCUUGUGGUUGCUUGGACUUAGCAGAGAAACUGUUUGAAAAUAUGGUUGAUAGAAGCAUUGUUUCUUGGAAUGUUAUGAUUGAUGCUUUUGUUCAGUUCGGUGAGUUUGAUUCUGCAUUGAAACUGUUCGUUCAAAUGCAGAAGUUGUUUGAACCUGAUGGGUUUACAUUGCAGAGUAUUAUAAGUGCUUGUGCUGGUUUGGGUGCUUUGUCUAUAGGCAUGUGGGCACAUGCUUAUAUUUUGAACAAAUGUGAAUAUGGUCUAGUUUCGGAUAUUCUUAUAAACAAUUCGCUAGUUGAGUUGUAUUGCAAAUGUGGGUCGUUAGAAUUAGCUCAACAAGUCUUUGAGAGGAUGCCUAAACGUGAUAUCACUUCAUGGAAUUCUAUAAUUCUAGGAUUCGCCAUGUACGGACAGGCUGAUGUAGCAUUGGAGUAUUUUGCUAGGCUUGUAAAAGUUGAGUCUUUUUGGCCCAAUUCAAUCACAUUUGUUGGCGUGUUAAGUGCAUGUAAUCAUAGAGGCAUGGUUAACAAGGGCCAGGAGUUAUUUGAUAUGAUGAUAACAGGGUAUAAUAUUACACCUGUGUUAGAGCACUAUGGAUGCCUUGUUGAUCUUCUUGCUCGUGCUGGGCAUAUUGAUGAGGCGCUAGAUAUUGUAUCAAACAUGCCAAUGAAACCUGAUGCUGUAAUAUGGAGAAGUCUCCUUGAUGCUUGUAGCAAGAAAAAUGCGAGUGUAGAGCUAAGUGAAGAAGUGGCUAAACGAAUUCUCGAGUCAGAGGGCGGCAUUUGCAGUGGCGUUUAUGUGCUUUUGUCUAGAGUGUAUGCAUCAGCUAGCAGGUGGAACGAUGUUGGGUUGGUGAGGAAAUUAAUGAGUGACAUAGGUGUAACGAAAGAGCCUGGCUGUAGUUCAAUAGAGAUAAAUGGUGUUGCCCACGAAUUUUUUGCUGGGGAUACUUCCCAUCCUCAAACUAAACAAAUAUAUGGGGUUUUGGAUGUUAUUGACGAAAGGCUGAAGGGUAUAGGGUAUUCCCCUGACUAUUCUCAAGCUCUAAUGGUGGAUGAGCGCAGUGAUGGGAAACAACACUCGCUUAGGCUGCAUAGUGAGAGAUUAGCCAUUGCUUUGGGGCUAUUGAGCUUGAAACCAGGCGUACCUAUACGUGUUUUCAAGAAUCUUCGGGCAUGCAAUGACUGUCACCAGGUAACCAAACUCAUCUCUAAAAUUUUCUAUGCUGAGAUAAUUGUGAGAGAUCGCGCCAGAUUUCAUCGCUUUAAAGAUGGCUCCUGUUCUUGCAUGGAUUAUUGGUAAUGGGCUACUGGCUUAUUGUACGAAGAGAUCGUAUAAAUUUCUUUUUUCAUGUAACCCUGGGAAAACUUACAAUGUAUAUGUAUGAAUUGAAAUUUAUUUUACAGAUAUUGAAUUUUUUAUCGUUUUUUU